AUGGCUGCCUUUGUCGCCGUUCCCAGCUCCGUGACCAGCACUGCCUUGCGGGGCAGCCUGCAGCAUGUUCCUCAGGCUCCUCCGAGCCCUGCUCCAGCGGCUUCCUUUUCAGUCAAGGGAGCCCUGGGUGUUGCAGCCGUGGGUGCUGCAGUGGCCGCGGGCACGCGCCGCAAGCAUCGGUCUGCUCUUGCAGGUGCAGCUACCGUGACCAAGCUCUCGAAGACGCGGUCUCUUGCAGAUGCGAAGGUUGUCGUAUGUGCAGGCGCAAUGCUCCCAGAGGGACGCAAGCUGCGUGUGGCCGUCAUCGGCGGUGGCCCAGCCGGCGCCAGCACAGCAGAUGCCUUGGCCCAGGAGGGCAUCGAGACCUACCUCAUCGAGAGGAAGCUGGACAACUGCAAGCCGUGUGGUGGGGCCAUCCCUUUGUGUAUGAUCGAGGAGUUCGACCUCCCAAAGGACAUCGUGGACCGCCAGGUUCGCAAGAUGACCAUGAUCUCUCCUACGAACAAGGAGGUGCAGAUUGGCCAGACCCUGAAGGACGACGAGUUCAUCGGCAUGGUGCGCCGCGAGGUGCUUGACGACUUCCUCCGCCAGAGGGCCAAGACGAACGGCGCCACGCUGAUCAACGGCCUCUUCAUGGGCAUGACGAUUCCUCAGAGCAAGGAAGAGUCUUAUGUGCUGACCUACAACGACUUUGGUGAAGCUGAGGGCAGUGCACGCAAAGGCGAGAAGAAGACCUUGGAAGUGGAU